GUAGCAGCAAAGUUUACUUUAUAGGAUGACUAAAAGGUCUUACCGAGAAUAUUUUGUCUGAAAUAUCGGGAUUUUUAAGUUGAAACGCGAUUUCGAUAUCAAAGUUUGAAGUAGUGAGUUGUUUGAGGUGUUUUUUUGAGGCUCUGAACGGCUCAGUCGUUCGGAUUGAGAAAAUAUGGCCGAGGACGGGCCUAUUAUUAAGCCUGUACAUGGAGUCAACUACUCGAUCAUCGGGCUCUGCAUCGGAGGAGUGACUUUUACCCUCUUGGUACUACUGGGUACUUACUAUUGCUACCAAAAACGGAGACGCCUCAACGCCAAACGCACCGGUCCAGAUCAACCCUUAGCUUUUCAUUCCCACCGCAGACCGACUGCUGUGAAAUCUCCGGCAGGAACCGGUACCGGUACUCAUUAUUUGAAAAAAAGUCCCAGUCCUACUGGAAAUGCUAAAACACCACCUGGGAUUUCAGCACCUCAUACUCCAAGUCCCACUGGCAUUGUUGGACCUCUGGAAAGCGGAGUGUCCAGUCAUCAGCAUUUUGAACCAAAACCAGAAAAUCAGGUUGUCAAAGACACUUGUACUACCGAAAACGAACGUCAAACACCCACAAAAGAAGAACAAGAAACCAACGAAAAGAAUCUACAACAAAACGUUGCAUAUUUGGGACAACUGGUUUUCAAACUUAGGUACAAACACGACAAAAACGCUUUGAUAGUGUCUGUGGUAAGAUGCAAGGACUUACCUGCCAAAGAUCCGAAUACUGGAUCCAGUGACCCGUAUGUCAAACUGCAAUUGUUACCUGAUAAACAACAUAAGGUUAAAACUCGUGUUUUACGCAAAACCCGUAACCCAGUCUACGACGAAGAUUUCACCUUUUACGGCAUCAGCUUCAACCAACUACCUUCAAUCACUCUACACUUUGUCAUUCUGAGUUUCGACCGUUACAGCCGCGACGACAUUAUCGGCGAAGUAUUCUGCGCUCUGAGCAACGUGGACAUCGCUCAGAUUGAGACUCAGCAGAUGGCUUUGUGCAGAGAAAUACAACCUAGGAGUCUUAAGAUAAGGUCUCAGGGACGUGGCGAGCUUUUGGUGUCGCUUUGCUGGCAGCCUGCAGCUAAUCGUUUGACUGUUGUGGUUCUCAAGGCUAGAAAUUUGCCUAAAAUGGAUGUUACAGGUUUAGCCGAUCCCUACGUCAAGAUCUAUCUUCUCUACAACGGACAACGAAUCGCCAAAAAGAAAACCCACGUAAAGAAAAGGACACUGAUGCCAGUUUUCAACGAGAGCUUUGUCUUCGAUAUACCGGCCAACGGACAAACUUUGGACGGCAUCAGUUUGGAGUUUUUGCUACUGGAUUGGGACCGAGUUACCAAAAACGAGGUUAUUGGACGGCUUGAAUUGGGAGGAGGAAAAUGCACAGGCUCCGCUUUGACUCACUGGAACGAAGUUUGCAACUCGCCCAGAAGACAAAUCGCAGAUUGGCACAAACUGAAGGAGUAAUUUUUUAAAUUUUGUCCAAAUCAGCACGCCCCCAUAAUUAUUAUAAUAAUGCUUUCAUGUGUACAAUAUUAAAUGUCACUGGUUUAGAGGGACAAAAUCGAAUAAAUGGUCAGGGUUUGCGUUUAGCGCAUAGGAAAAUUGAACAUUUUUUUUUAAAAUUUAUUUAAGAGUUUGUGAUAUGAAAAAUUCAAAUGAGAUCGUCAUAAUUUAAGUACCAAUUAUAUAAAAAUAUCUUAUAAAUGUUUUAAAACUUAUUAGUACAUAGAAUAUAGGAAAUAAGCUUUUCUUGUUUUUGGUUUUUGAACUACAUACCUAUUAUAAGUGUAUAGUAAUGUAAAAGGUUUUAUUUUUGCAUAGGUAUUUAAUUCUUUAUUAUAGAUUUCAGUACAAUGUGAAAAUAUCAACAUUUUCAAGAAUAAAGUUCCAAUCACAAUUAUUAUUAGUUAAUACAAUUAGCCAGAAAAUUGAAAUUAUAUAUGUAUGAUUGGAACUUGGUAUUGACAACACAACGAUCCAAAUUGAUUUUUAAAUUUUUGGAACUUAUGCGCACAUAUUAUAUAAAACUUCUGGAAGCUUUUAAGCUCAAAUGGCUGCUAUAGAUGUAAAAAUGUAUUGUUUAUUUGUGGUCCAGUUUUAAUUGAAAAUUCAAGUAGUCUUGGAGGCUACAGAUCCUUUAGAAUCUUUAUAAUAAAUGCCUCUUUUUUAUAAAUUAUUCCCUUUUGAAAAUCCCAAAGCUAUAGUUAAUUUAUACAGUUGAGCUCCUAACAAAUUUUUAAUUGGUGCCACAUAAAAUUGAAACAAAAAUCAUACUCUAUAUAACUUACCAUAAUAUGAAUUAUUAUACAAGGAGCUUUAUUGAUUCUCUUUGUACCUACAUUAUUAUAGGGUAUAUCAUAAUUAUUUAUUUAAAAGCUUAUUGUACAUUUCCUUCUUGUUGGAAAUUUAUUUUUCUAACUAAACACAGGUUGAGACACCAAAGAUCACUAUAACUAUAGAAUUUAGUUUGUAGAUUUAAGAAUUAUUAUACAGAUAAAGAAAAUUUGCAUUUUCCAAUAAGUAAUUAUGCUUGAUAUAUUAAUCACUUAUUUUGUGGUUUUUUUUCAAAAUAUACUUUUGAAGUUUGUAGAUAUAUAGGCAUUUUUUUAAAGUUUGAUUAAUUUUAUUUAUAAUAAUUAUUAGUUACGACAUUGUAGUCGAUAAAAGCUAAUUUUGUUUAAAUUUUAACCAUUAUAAUUUUGUAAAUAUAAAUAUAAACCAAAUAAAUGUUUAAAAUAAAAUAGUUUUUU